GUAAAUAAUAGCGGAGCUUUAAAAUAAAUGGUGUAGUCAAGGUGUAUCCAGCAGCUGUAAGGAGAAAAUAAACUUACUGUUUGGGGGAGAUUGUGGGUGAUGGAGCCUAUUCCUGCUUCUUGGGAAAUGGCAGUUUUUGCCACGGAGAACCCAAACCAACCUUGGUAACACUUGAAAAUCCAAACUGUCAGCAGUUUUAAUUGAUUUAUGGUAAUUGCUUUGGUUUUGUGUCCAUUCAAUCUGUUCCUAGCUCCAAAGUUUUAUGAGGUCAUUUCGUUAAUUAUUUACUCAUUUUUGAGUUCACACAUUAACUAUUCCUUAUCAUCACCUAGGGUCCUGGGCUGCCAAGACUCUUUUCUCAGAACUGUUAAAAUGUGUUUAAUGUCUGAGCUCAUGACUGUUCUUGACAAAUUGAAUGGAUUCUGUUCUAUUCUAAAAGUUACGCUCCUGAGUGCUCUUGUGAAAAAAGGAAAUUGUUCCAUAUCCAUGUUGUAGCUGCUCUAAUAUGCUUUGGGGCAGUUAAUUGUUAUUGCAACAUCAGGAAGAAAUUUACCUCUGUGUAGGAUGAUUCCUGUUUGGUUGUUUAGCAAACAGUGUCUGCAGUAUUUUCCUGUAUUAGGAAAAAUGAGUAACUGCUGCAAUAAGCAAAGCAUCAUUUGAAGUUUCUUAAAUCCAUACAAGCAAAGGUGUAUGUAUAUUUGUAUAUUCCUUAAUGUUUAGUCACUAAUUCAAAUGUGGACAUUCAGCUCAUUUCUUGCCUCCUCUAUUUCCCCUAAGAUCUUCACAUCCUUUUGUGGGAUAGAAAUUUCUGUGCAGACUUUGUUUCCAUUGCACGCUUCUCUGCUCUUCCUUAUAACAGACCCGAUAAGGGAGUGACUUGCUUCACUGUCAUUAACACAAGGAAGUCCAAAAUGUAAAACAAACGCACCGCACAGUAAUGAUUAACUUUCCCUCCCACUUGUUGCAUGUCUGUGUGUUAUUAAGUAUGGUUUUACCACUGCAGACCUGCUAGUAUUAUAGAAGAGGUUUGGAGCCCAGCUUUCAAAUGCAGCAAUAAGCAGAUGUUUCAGUUUCCAACCUGAAGAACAGGUUCUGCAGAUAUAAAAGCAGCUAAGUGUCUGUUGGAGAUUGUUACCACCCUCUGACUCCUUUUGCCUCCUCCUACUUUGAACUUGUUACCCUGGAGCUGAACUGUUUGAAUCAGGGCUGUAAGAGCUGCUUUGUGAUCAGUUAGCUGAGAGCCCUCAACAUGUAAAUUGCAGGGGAGGAGCCUUCACUCUCAGGUUUUGCAGUUCCCUCCCCUCCAUUUUUUUUUUUAAUUUUUUUUGUCAUGCUCAUGGAAGUUCCGAUGCACCAUGCAGAGAAGUUGGGACAGAUUGACUGCACUGUCCAGAGAGGAGAGACAAAGAUCAGAAGAGAGUAAAGAAUAUGAAUUUGGCAUGACUCAAGGCAUCAAAAUGUUCAAUGAGCUACAUCCUCAUAUAAUGUAUUGUAGCUUGAUUGCUUUCACUGAAAUGAUGCCAGUAUAUACCAGCAGAAAUAUCUGUUCCUGUUAAGUCUUCCUCACUCUCAUGGAAAUGUGCCCAAGUGGCCAAAGCAGAUACUUGCUGUGAGGAAGUGUCUGUCACCUGUAGAAGUACUUGCUCUGUGAAUGCAGUGGGGUAACUUCAGAAAUGCAGGUUUGUGGCAUGCUAGAGAUCCUGGAAAGAUACGCAGAGUAAUUUAAACUCGUGUGAUGCUGGGAAGGACCAUCACAUCCAUUCUACCAAGGCUGAGCUCAGUGGUAAUUCUCUGUCUGCACUGAUACUGUAACGUUUACUCUUCAAUGUGUGGAAUAUGUGUCUGCAGAAUUAAACCAGGACGAUCUCCUGAAAUUGGAAUUCCAGAGAAGGCACAUGCUGUGAUUUCUUGAAUAAGUCAGCAAGAUCCUCUGAAUUUUUUUUUUCCAAUUUUUUUGUGGAUUUUUAUUACUCAACUGAAAGAGCAAGCAGUGUUGUGAGGUUGCUCUGAAAGCUUGAGAUGGCUCUGCCUUCUCCCAAAUCUAUAGCAGGAGAUUUAACACAAAGGGAAGAGCUCAUGCUCCAUAAUGAAAGCUGUUUCCAUUUCCUCUCUGCAAACAUCAUCACAGUAGUGGAAAGAUGUAUGAGCUCCAUGCAAGCUGGUACCCAAAUGAUCAAACUCCGUGGUGGCUCCAAAGGGUUGGUCCGCUUCUAUUACCUGGAUGAGCACAAGUCAUGCAUUCGCUGGAGACCGUCCCGAAAGAAUGAGAGAGCCAAAAUUUCCAUCGACUCUAUCCAAGAGGUUUGCGAGGGGAAGCAAUCAGAGAUCUUUCAGCGCUAUGCUGAUGGCAGUUUUGAUCCUAACUGCUGCUUCAGCAUCUACUAUGGAGAUCAUAUGGAAUCCCUUGACCUAGUGUCUUCCAGUGGAGAUGAAGCACGUACUUGGAUCACAGGGCUAAAAUAUCUGAUGGCAGGGAUCAGUGAUGAAGACAGCCUCUCAAAACGCCAAAGGACCAGAGACCAGUGGUUGAAGCAGACGUUUGAUGAAGCAGAUAAAAAUGGCGAUGGCUGUCUGAGUAUUAAUGAAGUGCUCCAGCUAAUGCACAAACUGAAUGUGAACCUACCCCGACAAAAAGUCAAGCAAAUGUUUAAGGAGGCUGAUACAGAUGACAACCAGGGCACGCUAGGCUUUGAUGAGUUCUGCACCUUCUACAAGAUGAUGUCAACGCGACGUGAUUUGUACUUGCUAAUGCUCACCUACAGCAACCACAAGGACUUCCUGGAUACAGAUGAUCUGAGACGCUUUCUGGAGAAUGAACAAAAGAUGACAAAUGUGACCAGAGAACACUGCCUGGAAAUUAUCAACAAGUUUGAACCAUGCCCGGAAAACAAGAAGGCGGGAGCUCUGGGGAUUGAUGGUUUCACCAAUUACAUGCGGAGUCCAUCAGGGGACAUUUUCAACCCAGAACACUACCAAGUGAAUCAGGACAUGAGUUACCCUUUGAGUCACUAUUUCAUUACCUCUUCACAUAAUACCUACCUCAUGGGAGAUCAGCUGAUGUCCCAGUCUAGGGUGGACAUGUAUGCGUGGGUGCUACAAUCUGGCUGUCGUUGUGUAGAAGUUGACUGCUGGGAUGGGCCAGAUGGUGAACCAAUUGUCCACCAUGGAUACACUUUGACUUCCAAAAUUCUCUUCAAAGAUGUGAUUGAAACUAUCAACAAAUAUGCCUUUAUCAAGAAUGAGUACCCUGUUAUCUUGUCAAUUGAGAACCACUGCAGUGUAAUUCAGCAGAAGAAGAUGGCCCAGUACCUUACAGAAAUUCUGGGCGACAAAUUGGAUCUAUCUUCUGUGCACAAUGAUGAUUCUACCAGGCUCCCUUCACCAGCAAGUCUUAAAGGGAAGAUACUGGUUAAGGGGAAGAAACUUCCAGCCAACAUUAGUGAUGAUGCAGAGGAAGGUGAAGUUUCUGAUGAGGACAGUGCUGAUGAGAUUGAUGAUGAUUGUAAAAUAAUGAAUGGAGAUGCAUCUACUAAUAGGAAAAGAGUGGAGAAUAUAGCAAAGAAAAAACUUGACUCACUGAUAAAAGAAUCCAAAAUUCGUGACUGUGAAGAUCCAAACAAUUUUACGGUUACCACUCUGCCAUCAUCUGGAAAGGCUGGUCAGAAAUCAGACAGUAAGAAGAAUAAACUUGAGGAUGAUGCGGAAUCUGGGGAAGACUUCGGUACCAAUAAGAGGCAUAGCCGAACACUGAUGGGCAGCUUUUCCAAACGCAAGAAAAAAGGAAGCAAAUUGAAAAAAUCAACCAGCCUGGAAGAAGGUGAAGAUGACACUGAUUCUCAAGGAAACGUAGCCAGAGGCUCUGUACAUUACACCAGGAUAAACCGACAGAAGAAAACAAUGAAGCUGUCCCGAGCACUCUCAGACCUGGUGAAAUAUACAAAGUCUGUUGGCAUCCAUGAUGUUGAAACUGAAAUCUCUUCCAGCUGGCAGGUUUCAUCCUUCAGUGAAACAAAAGCCCACCAGAUACUGCAGCAAAAGCCAGCGCAGUAUCUACGUUUCAACCAACAUCAGUUAUCCCGCAUCUACCCAUCCUCUUACCGUGUAGACUCUAGCAACUACAAUCCCCAGCCGUUCUGGAAUGCUGGCUGCCAACUUGUGGCAUUAAACUACCAGUCAGAGGGGAGAAUGCUGCAACUGAACCGGGCCAAAUUUAGUGCCAAUGGGAAUUGUGGCUAUGUUCUCAAACCAAACUGCAUGUGUCAAGGCAUCUUUAAUCCAAAUUCUGAUGACCCAUUGCCUGGUCAAUUGAAGAAACAGCUGGUUCUAAGAAUUAUCAGUGGUCAGCAGCUCCCAAAACCACGGGAUUCCAUGCUGGGAGACAGAGGAGAGAUCAUAGAUCCGUUUGUUGAAGUAGAAGUUAUAGGCCUACCUGUUGAUUGCUUCAAAGAACAAACUAGAGUAGUUGAUGAUAAUGGAUUUAACCCAAUGUGGGAAGAAACACUGGUGUUCACACUGCACAUGCCAGAGAUUGCAUUGAUUCGGUUCCUUGUGUGGGAUCAUGAUCCAAUUGGGCGGGAUUUUAUUGGACAAAGAACAAUAGCUUUCAGCAGUAUGAUGCCAGGUUACCGACACGUGUACCUAGAAGGUAUAGAAGAGGCAUCCAUUUUUGUUCAUGUGGCUAUUAAUGACAUCUGUGGUAAGGUCAAACAAGCUCUGGGCCUAAAAGGCCUAUUUCUCAGAAAUCCAAAGCAGGCCUCCCUGGACAGUCAUGCUGCUGGUCAGCUCCAUCGCAAACAUUCCUUUAGCAGCCACAUCUUGAGACGGACAGCAAGUGCACCCACCAAAAGCCAGAAGAAGAAGAAGGGCUUUCCUGAAAUUGUUUUUGACACAAAAGACAACAGCUCUGAAGGGGCCAGUGAAGACCACGAAGCAGAAGCUGCCUCACAGCCUCGCUUUGAGCAGGAGCCAGAAAGUGCUUCUCUGUCACCAGCUCCCAGGGAUGGUGCCAGUGGGGAGGGACAUGGCAAAGGGUUGAAAGGUAAGGCCCAUAGUUCUCAUAAAGUCAAAAUUCAAAGUUGUGCUCAAGGGGGUGCUGCUUUCAGUGAACCCAUACGGAGGUCCAACAGGGUCCGGCUUCGGGAGCACCAGAGCGAGAAGCAAAGUGUCUUUGCACGCUGCGCCAUCAACAGCUCUGGUAGGAUUGGAGUGGCCACCAACUGCAUGAAAUGCAUGAUUGGUUCCAAAGAAAGCCCAGAUCUAGAAAGCAAGUGGAGUGACCAACCUACCAGGCCUAUUGCUAAAGAUUUGCUUCACCAUGAUCAGUACAGCAGUAUAACUGGAGAAGAGAGGUUAGAGCUUAAAAACUGGGGUAUUAAAGCUCAGUCCAGACCACAGUCAGAUUUGCAGUCUUGCAGUAGCCCUGGAAAUGCUGAUGAUCAAACAAGGAGCACCCAGUCUUUCAUGACCUCAGGGAAGAAAAAUGUUGAAUCUAAAUGUCAUGGAAUAAAGGCUCAUUCCCGGCAGCGGUGGCAGUGCCAAUCAGGUGGCAAGUAUGGAAGCACUAUCAACUUGGUUGCAGCCAGCAAUGGCUCUAUAUCCUCCAACUCCAGCAGUCUAGAAAGCCUUGGAAGCCCAGAAUUUCCCAAGCGCUGUUCUGAAACUUCUCGAAGGCAAGUGGGCACCCUACAGAGGGAAAUGAAUGCCUUAUUCGUUCAAAAAUUGGAGGAAAUUCGAAGUAAAUCCCCUAUAUUCUUUACUGAUAUCAGCCAUUUCUCGAUGCAGAGGUCAGUCACUUCUUUAUGCAGCCUAGAAACUAUCACUGAAGAGCCUGUUAUUACAAAUGAGGGCCAUCAUGCCAGCCUCUUCUUUCCUCUGCCCAUCACUCCUUACAGCGAUUCUGAAGAAGGCUCUAUGUCUGAUCAUUCCACUGAAUCUCAAACAAAAGGAAGCAGCCCAUCCAACCAGCCUCCAGAACCUCUGCUCACUAGAGAACAAAGACCAAAUUUGGCUGCAGAAGACCAAGUGCAGAUAGCCACAGGAGCAGCUGACAUUAAUGUAUUAGUCCAAAACAAUGAGAGGACAAGCAUGGCAGGACUUCUCAAAGAAGAAAAUGAUUGGACGCAGGCAUGCAGUAAAGCUGAAGAUCAAUUUAGUUUGGCAGCGCAUCCUCAGAAAGCCUGGCUGGUAGUGGCAGAGGCUAAGAGUGCUGGCCAACCUGCUGAAAACUGCCAGAAGCAUAAUGACCAAACAGGGCAGGUAUUAAAGGACUUGAAAACCACUGCUGAAUUGAAAAGCCAAAAACCUGGUGCAGCAGCUGUCCUGCAGCAAAACAAUGUGAUUAAUGGCACACAUCCAACUUUGCCUCCAGAUAUUUUCCAGAAGACCCAGGCUGCACAGGCUCUACCUGUUUCUCAGACGAGCUCUUACAUGUUAGUAAGGAAGUCAAAGAGUGAAGGGCUGAAAAAGUCAGACUCCUCAGCUUUAAUAAAAAAUCCAAGUAGCCUAUCUCCAGCAGCAGAAGUAUACUUUGAUGCUACUGUUAAUGACCGGAUCUGGAGCAAGCUAGAUUGCAGCAAUCAUCGUGACAGCAUGUCUUCCUCUUCCAGCAUGUCCUCCAAUGACACUGUGAUAGAUCUCUCUCUACCUAAUCUAGCUCGCAAAAGCCUUCCAGAUCUUGGCAUCCGUCACGAGAACUUUGAGCCCCUUGCCAUGAGAAGGGGUAUUCGCCCACGGUCUGCUACAGCGUCAGGUAAUGAAAUGCCAAUAGUGAGCAAGAGUAAAUCCAAUCCUAACCUGCGGGCUGACCAGCUGCCAGCAGAUGAAUUAUGCCCCCGUCCUCUCGCAAGGAGUCCUCAGGAUGCGUUCUCAUCCAUUCCUAGAAGGCACACCUGGAGCAGGCUGUACAUAGAAAGUCUCAGGCAAUCUUCUAACAAAUCCAAAGCACAGGAUAAGGUUGGGAAUAACCAGGCAAAAUCCAAGAGUCUUGGAGACCUUACCUCUGAUGACAUUGUGUGCACUUUUGAAAGCAAAUAUCGUAGCAUCAGCAGGAGUUUUGUCACUCGAUCGAUGCGUGAGCAGCGCCGCUCUUCAGGCCUGAGGGCCUCUGUCAAACCCCAGGACGAACUGACCGAGCAGCUGAAGAAGCUGACGGCCUUCCAGCAGGAAAACGACAUCACUUCCCCCAUCAGUCUCGAUCCGACCGAAUCUGAAGAGGAAGUGGAGAGUUUAGGACUCCUCCGCAGGUCAUCAUCUCGCAGUCAGAGCAGGGUGCGGUACAUUGCCAACAGGGCCAAGCAAGCUCAGGAGAGACAGCGGCUGCAGAGCCUGGGCCAGCUCAGUGGGAGUCCCAUUGAAGAGAGAGGAAAUCCAGAGGGAGCCUGCAGCGUUGCAAAAGCAGUUUGUACGGAUAUAGCUUCUCCUGCUGUGUUUACAUCCCAGCCUAAGAACCAAACUGAUUAUAACACUGACACAGAAGUCUUCUUUAUGCUGAAACUGUAAUUCUGGGGAGCACUGAGUAAGGUGAUGUUUACAUUCAAAACAAAACAUAGUGACCUGAGAGGCACAAGAUAUCCUUGUAUGGCUUAGUGCUUCCUGGCCUUCCCUUGGUGGUAAAGGUACUUAAGAUCAUGACUCCAAAAGAAUAGAUGAGUGCUAAACUUGUCAUCCGUCUGUGGAAUUCCGUCAACCAACUGAAAUCAGAGAUGUAUUUUUACAAUCUUAAUGAUCGGACCUCUUUUUUUUUUUUAUUACACUUUUUCCAACCUCAAAUCUGGCCUCCUUUGUGUGCGACCACUUCUUUGCACUUGCAAAUUGCUCUGUGCAAAACUUACGCUCCUUACUACUUUCAUUAAUUGCUUUGUUUAGCAGUUAAACAUCAGUGAUGUUAGUGACAGCUAAUGUUACUCUUGUUAAUUGUGUAUCCAUGAAAGGAGGCUGGAUUUGAAAUCACGUAACUUGUUCUGGUGUUUUUUUUUUGAAGAGCGAGAGGCAUCUGGGAAACAGUAAAAAUUGCAGUGGAAUUCUUUCCUUAAUUAAUAAUAUAGUAGAUAAACUCCAUCUUUUAUCAUGGACUUGUUUAUUUCAAUGAAAGUCCAUGUUGUCGCACUCUUUGAAGAAAGAUAACCUGUUGCCAUGUUCCAAAGGAAUGCUUUUUUUUAAACCAAGCUCGUUUCUAUAUACAUAUAAAUAUACGUGCGCAUCCGUGUGUAUGCAGGUAUAUGUCUGCUUAUAUAUGUACACAUGCAAGCACUUAAACUGAACUGUGACUGUUUCUUGUCUCCAAACAUUGCCCGUGGGAAUGAGAUAAGAAGGGAGAAUUAGUCAAAAAAGACAGGAAACAUCUUCUGACACUAAUUCAGAAAUGACUAAAGAGCACACUCAUCUUUUCUUGAAUACGGAACCAUCCCUUCUUUAUGGUAUUUUAACAAUGCUGCUGUACAUAGCACUUUUUUGGAUGAAUUUUCCUACUUCUAUAUUGCACUGCCAUGCAAAAUUUUCAAUGAUGUGUUUUAAAAAUAUAUAUAUUUAAUUUUUUUAGAUGAACAUAUUUAGAGUUCUAUAGCAAGCUCAAUGGAAUAACCAUUUUUCCUCCCCAUUUUUUUUUUUUUUACUUUUUUUUAAGGUGUGUCCUCCAUCCCAUCUCUCCCUCCAAAGUCAUUUAUUAUAGAUGUAUUUUAUCAGUGAUGGAGAAGAUUGUUUACUGAGAUGCAUUUUAAUGAGAAACAGAGGUUUAAUUUUAUUUUCAAGCUGCAUAGAGUCCCUAUUAUUGAGAAAAUAUUUUGCUUUUGUUUGUAAUGAUUCUUCUGUGUAUAUUGCAAAAUCUAAAAAUUUGUUUGUAAAACCACCUUCUACUACUAAAAUAAACAUAUUUAAUCUUCCA